AUGGGUUGUUCAUUGUCUACAGUUUCAAAAAGUCAAAUUGCACAGAAAAAUGGAAUACCUGUGAAAAGCGACUGUAGUGACAUUACAGAGCGUCAAAAAGUUCUCAUAAAAAAAACAUGGAACGUCGUUUCAAAUGAUAUGCCAGGCGUUGGUGCCAAAAUAUUCCUCAGGAUAUUUACAAUAAAACCAGCAAUAAAACAGAUCUUUCCCUUCCAUGAUGUAACAGGAGACGCACUAUUAAGAGAUGGUCAGUUUCGAGGACAUGCUUCUCGGUUCAUGCAGGCGGUCGGUGCAGCGGUAGACAAUAUCAAUGCUUUAGACUCUGCCAUGGCGCCACUACUUUUCGGUCUUGGUCAACAGCAUAUUAAUUACAAAGGAUUUAAUGUUGAAUAUUUUAGUGUGUUUUCAAUAGCAAUAACUCACGUUUUGGAGCGAGAGCUUCGUACAAAAUUCACACCAGAAGUUGCUAUAGCUUGGGCUAAGAUGAUGGAGUUUAUGGUAUCUAAACUCAUAGAGGGAUAUCAUGAUGCAGUGAAAAAAACUAGCCACGCAAGCUUUGAGUGA